CGGCGCGGCAGCCCCGGAAGCGGCGGUGGCGGCGGGAGCGGGAGCGCGGCCGGUGCCCAGGAGCCCUGACUCCACCCUUAGUGUGGACAGGGUGAGGCAGGGCGGGGCUGUUAAGGUGUGCAGGCACCGCCCCGGCGCCCCCUGCUGGUCACAGCUGAGGCAGAGAUGGAGCCAGCCACGACAGUGGACACGGCGUCCCCGAGCUGUCACCACAGCGGGGACGAUGAGGAGGAAGAUGUGACAGCAGCGGCAGCCAUGACAUCAUCCUUGUGUCACCAUGAGGAGGAGGAGGACAAGGAGGUGGCAGCAGUGGUGACAGCCGCAGUGUCCCUGAGGUGCCACCCCAGUGAGGAGGAGGAGGAGGAGGUGGCAGUGGCCCUGACAUCCCAAGGUGGGGAUGAGGAUGUGGUGGCAGCAGUGACAGAGGAAGCAGCCACAACGUCCCAGGGCUGUCAUCCUGGUGAGGAGGAGGAGGUGACAACAGCAGGGACAGCAGCAGUGACAUCCCCAGGCAUUCAACCCAGUGAGGAGAUGACCAUUGCGGCAACGUCCCUAGCACAUCCUCCUGUAGGGGAUGAAGAGGAGGUGACAGCAGCGGUGACAUCCCCAGUGUGUCACCAUGAGGAGGAAGAGGAGGAGGUGACACCAGCAGUGACGUCCCCAGUGUGUAACCCUGGUGAGGAAGAGGAGGAGGUGACGGCGGCGGUGACGGCAGCAGCGGCCACAUCGGCCCCGGGCGGGCGGCGUGGUGCGGACGAGGACGUGGCAGCCGCGGGCUGGCGGGCGCGCCGCAAACACGUGUUCGUGCUCAGCGAGGCGGGGAAGCCGAUCUACUCCCGGCACGGCAACGAGGAGGCGCUGGCUGCCACCAUGGGUGUCAUGAUGGCCCUCGUGUCCUUCAUCCAGAGCGGCGGCAACGCCAUCCGGGCCAUCUGCUCCGAGGACCGCACGCUGGUGUUCGAGCAGCGGGGCCCGCUGCUGCUGGUGUCGGUGUCCCGCACACGGCAGUCGGCAGCGCAGCUGCGGCGGGAGCUGGCCUUCGUUCACGAGCAGAUCCUGUCGCUGCUGACCCGCGGGGGCAUCGCCCGCGUCUUCGCCCGACGCCGCGGCUUCGACCUGCGCCGGCUGCUGGCGGGCGCCGAGGCCGUGCUGGACCGGCUGCUCUGCGGGGCCGCGGCCGACGGGCGGCUGCUGCUGGGGGCCGCUCGCUGCCUGCCCCUGCCCGGGGGGCUGCGCCGCGCCGUGUCCGGGGCGCUGCGCCGCGCCGCCGCCGCCGCCCGCCCCGCGCCCGCCCUGGCCGUGCUGGCGGCCCGGGGCCGCCUGGUGACGGCGGCGCGGCAGCGGGCGCUGGCCGAGGGCGGGCGGCUCUGCGCCAGCGACCUGCACCUGCUGCUCAACCUGCUGGGCGGCGGCGCGGGCGCGGGGGCGGGCGAGGUGUGGACCCCCGUGUGCUUGCCACGUUUCAACCCCGAUGGGUAUUUCUAUGCGUACGCGGCGCGGCUGGGCGAGGAGGAAGAGGAGGGUGUGACGCUGAUCCUGCUGUCCACGGAGCGAGAGGGGUUCUACGCGGCGGCUGCGUGCCGGAGGCAGCUGGAGGACACGCUGCGGGCGCAGGGCUGGCUGGCCGAGCUGGCGGCGGCCGUGCGAGGGGGAGCGGGGUACGGCCCGUCCCGGCCCGGCGCCCCCGAGCUCCGGCACUUCCUCUACAAACCCUUGGAGGGGCCGGAGGAGAUGCAGCAGCUGCCGCAGUUCACCAGCCCCGAGCUGGAGGAGCCCUACACCAGCGAGGAGGAGCAGCACCGGCUCUUCGACCUGUACCACUACCUGCACAGCCGGGUGCACAGCCCGCACCGGCCCCUGCGCCUGCUCUACCACGUGGCUGAGAAGGAAACGCUGCUGGCCUGGGUGACCAGCAAGUUCGAGCUGUACAGCUGCUUCAGCCCGCUGGUGACGAAGGCGGGCGCCAUUGCCGUGCUGACCAAGCUGCUGCGCUGGCUCAAGAAGGAGGAGGACUGGCUGUUCAUCCGCUACCCGGCACCGUUCUGCGCCGCGCCCGCGCGCCCCGAGGGGCCUGAGCCCGAGGGCUGACAAUAAACACUGAG